AGCGUCUGGAACCCUAAGGCCUAGUAUGGUUUCCAGGCCUGACAUAAUACUGUGCAGAAGGAUGAAAUGUGUGCUUCCCUGAGCUGUGAGUGACAUUAGAUCUUAUAAUGAAGUUCCCAGAUUAAAUAUAGAACGGAGAUAGAGAUAGCAUCUCAGCCGCCCACAAGAUAUGGUUCCUGAGUCAAACAUAGUGUCAUGAUCAGUUGCGGCUAAUUAUGGUCGCCUAUUUUCUUUUUACUGUUAACUGUGUCUUCAGGACUAUGAAGCUUUUCUGUUUCUGUUCUUAAUGCCAAAAGUUUUGUGUUUUGUGGCAAAAAUUAACAACUAUCCUCCCUGUACUUUCCAUAAUGUUUUUGGACAAUCUGUUUAUUAGCGAGUGUAUGUUUGGGUGCAUUUUUCGUGAAACUUGAAAAAAAAAUGCAAAAAAGUAAUAAUACAAGAAGUCCUAAAUUUGAACAAUGAUUACCUUUUGACUUGGCCUUUCCUUUAGAACAGGGAUGUCAAACUCAAUUUCAUUGCCGCAUCAGGAUUGUGUUUGACCUGGGAUGUGUGGCCAGGGUGUGUGUGGCCAGCAUAACAUCACUUAUGUCCGGGGGAAGGGGGCGCCUGUGGCGGCUCUGCCAGCGAAGACGGGCUCCCGAGCUCCGUUUUCGGUUGGGAAGGCCUCCUGCAACCCUUUACCAGUGAAAACAGCUCAGCAGGGCCACAUGUGGCCCUCCCAAGCUUCAUUUUCACUGGCAGAGGCACUGCGGGGUGCAUGCAAUUCAUGGGCCUUGAGUUUGACACUCCUGCUUUAGAAGCUUAAUGACCCACAAUAGUGGCACAUUACAUUUAUUAACAAAAGGGACACGGUGGCUCAGGGGCUAGGACGUUGAGGCUUGUCGAUCGAAAGGUCGGCAGCUCGGCGGUUCAAAUCCCUAGUGCUGCCGUGUAACGGGGUGAGCUCCCGUUACUUGUCCCAGCUUCUGCCAACCUAGCAGUUUCGAAAGCAUGUAAAAAUGCAAGUAGAAAAAAUAGGGACCACCUUUGGUGGGAAGGUAACAGCGUUCCGUGUGCCUUUGGCGUUGAGUCAUGCCAGCCACAUGACCACGGAGACGUCUUCGGACAGCACUGGCUCUUCGGCUUUGAAACGGAGAUGAGCACCGCCCCCUAGAGUUGGCAACGACUAGCACAUAUGUGCGAGGGAAACCUUUACCUUUACCUUUACAUUUAUUAACACACCAAAUUAAUUCUUCCCCAAUCACUUGGGCUAAGCUAACUGAUCUCUGUGAGAAUCGGUCAAGGCAAGCUCACGUUCCAGUUUUCUUACCCUGUGUCUUGUGGUUUAUGAGAAAAUCCUCGUCCAAACCGGAACCGCAGCUGUUGGGUUGAGUGAGUCACAGAUAACAGGAAGCUUGAGGCCAGCUCGCUGUUGCAGAGAGCAAGUAGCCACAUACAGCUUUGAAUGUGAGACCACUGAGUAAGAAAUGGCCAGAAAGUAAAGGAUCAACUUCUGCCUCUUUAAGAAACCUCUAAACUUUACAAGCUGGAACUACGGUAAGGCCAAGCCAUGGGCCAAGUGGAGCUGAUUUGGGGUGCCUUCUCCUUGAUGAUUCUGGGGGCCCUUAUCACCAUGUGCAUGAAAUGUCAACAAACUGGGAGUAAACAGGAGAAGGCAAAUGUGGACAACCAGAGAACUCAGUAUGAAGACCAACAGGAUUGUGAUGAACGUUCCUAUUUAAGUUCUGUGUCAAAACAGUCACAGAUGAAAGAGACAUACCAUACGCCAAAACAAAGCAAAAGCAGAAAACUCAACUAUAAUGACAUUGAAACCAACAGCAAGUCCAGAUUUCAAAACAUCACAACAGAGGACGAUUCUCAAACAGAGGACAAUUCUACUUACGUUGAACCCCUCUCUUCACAUCAUGACUACAAUUGGCAAAAAGUCACAGGACUAUCAAGUGAUGAUGAUUCUCAUGGAUACCAAAAUGUGAUUGGGACAAUCAAAAGCAAUAGACUUUUGGCAGAUGAAGACAUCUAUGAGAACAACCUAGCAAUUCAGAUAUGGAAGCAGGCACAGAUUUCAGAAAGCAACAGUGCUAAUUGUGAAGAAGAAUCCAUUUACAUCAAUGCAGAACAAUAUAGCAGGCAGUAUCUUUCCACCUGUGAUUGAAAUCUUCAAGGGCCGAAAUCCAAAAGGAAUGAAAGCAUCCCGCCAACAUGCCAGAAGACCGGAUAACACCACUGAACUGGUUUACAGGAUUGUCAUACCUUGCUCUUUCAAUAUCUUCCUGGCCCUGCUUGUCAGCAUCUGUUAUUUCUGACUUACUUUGCAGACCUUAAUAUAAUUUAUCACAAUCUCCCAGAUAGUGAAUCUCACUUUGGCAAUAUUUAUGAGGCAUGUAUGGACUUUAGGAUAAUUUUUAGAAAUCUGCAGAAAUGACAAGCCUCCACAUCAUUAAUUAAAUAAAAUGUGAAUAAUA